AUGCGCCCGCACUUUGUCACUUCAGCCGUCUUUUCCCUCUCUAGACUUAGCACCACUUCGGCCACCACCACUUCUCGAGCUACUACUACUACCACAACAGCUCUUAAAUCCCUAGCAGCAACCUGUCCUCAACAGAGACUAUUCUCCUCUAGUGUCCUGCAGUGUGAUCUAGCCAGGCCCCAGGCAAAGAAUCACCAAAGACUUACCGUCUCGACUACUACACCGUCCUCCGCAUCUUUCAGUACCACUUCCACAAUGGCUACUCCCAUCAACUCCAAAUCGGUCCUCGAGCUGAUCAAGGAACGUCGCACAUACUAUGCCCUCAGCAAGGACCUAGCUAUCUCCAAGGACCGCAUUCAGGAGAUUGUCAAGGACGCCGUCCUACACGUCCCCUCCUCCUUCAACUCCCAGACCAACCGUGUCCUCGUCCUCUUCGGAGCCGAGCACGACAAGCUAUGGGACUUCACAUCCGAGGUCCUUAAGGCCAUCGUUCCUGAGGACUCUUGGCAAAACACCGCCAACCGUAUUGCCCUAUUCAAGGGUGGUGCUGGUACCGUUCUCUUCUUCGAAGACCAGGACGUUGUCAACCAAUUCCAGGCCAAGUUCCCGCUAUACAGCGACAAGUUCCCGUUGUGGGCGGCACAGUCGGAUGCGAUGCUACAAUAUGUAGUAUGGACCGCUUUGACGGCCGAGGGUCUCGGUGCUAACCUCCAGCACUACAACCCAUUGGUUGACGCCAAGGUAGCCGCUGAGUGGGGCAUCCCCGACAACUGGAAGCUCAACGCCCAGCUUGUCUUCGGUGGCCGCACCGGCGAUGCCGGCCCCAAGGAGUUCCAGGCCAUCGAGGAGCGCUUCAAGGUUGCUGGUGCUUAG